AUGAACCAUGGGCUUCACAACAUCGGCCGCAUGCAGGCUGACGGCAAGAACGUCACGCGCGCCCCAACCCACGGCUCGGGCGCGUCAAAGCCCAUCGUCGCCUUCAGGGGCCUGCGCCCUUACCUCCCAGAGGUGGCAUCGCACAGCUCGGCAGCUUUGCAGCAGGAGCGGCAGCGAGUAGACGGUCCCGCGCAGACUUGGGCUGCGCGUCCGCCGGCCAAGCUAGCCGUCGUUCUACCAUUGUCUACGCCCGACAGACGACGAAGCGAACCGCUGAUGCGCCAGAGACUGACGCAGCCCACCUUGAACGAAAUUUGGGAUCUUCAAAAACGCGUCAAGAAGAACCUGGGCAUAAGGCUGCCGACCGCCGAACAGCUGUCUUCUGCAGCGCCGGCAUCGGCGUUUGCGUUUGCGUCUUCGUCUGCGACUGCGUCCGCGUCUGCGUCUGCGUCCGUAUCCGCGUCUUCUCCCCAGCGUACGCAGCCCAAACAUACAGCCAGCUCCGAAACUCCCCUCACCACAACUGCAUCAACUCCUCAACCGACCUCCAGGGGAAGACCGAAGGGAUGGAAGCCAGGCUUGUCGUACCGCGCCAUGCGGCAAAAUCCCCAGGGCGACUUGACCAAAGUUCCCCAGGGCGACUGGAAGAGGACGCCGCGUCAGCCUCGCACCAAGGCACCCCAACCAGGCUUUGCGAAGAGACCCGGCCGAGCACCUCGAGCCCGGACGCCGACUCCGAGGGAAAUUUACGAAAAAUCCGACUUUCAGUUUGUCAAUUUCCUGUGUGAGUGGUCCGGCUGCAAGGCGGAGCUUCACAACCUGGACACGCUGCAGAGGCACGUCCAUGUUGUGCAUCAAGUGGCGAGCGAGAAGCAAGGCUGCCUCUGGGGAGACUGCCGGGCGCAUGGCUUUCAGAGCACGCAGGAUUGGAAGCUUCACUUGGACGAGGCGCACUUUGUUCCGUUCAGCUGGCACGUGGGAGACGGGCCGCGCAACACGGCCCUGACGGACGAUGGGACCAAGCACGAACUAGCCGAGGAGGAAGUGCCCGAUUAUCUCAGGGGCCCGGAUGGGGAGCAGGUGACGCCGUCGAUCAAGGACCAGGCACUGGAGGAUUCGGCGACAUGGAAGGCAAACAGGCGGCGGCUGAAGGAGCUGUUGAUCAUGAGAGACGGCAAGCUGGAGGAGAUCGAGGCCAAGACGUCUGAAAAUCUGGAGCCCCUUCCAGUCUUUCGAGUCUUUCGAUGA